CUCAUUAUUAAUGUAAUUGUAAUAGAAUCGACAAUAUCUCUCUCUCUCUCUUCUCUCUCAAUUCAAAACUAUGGAGAUCAACGGCGAUCAACCGCCGCUGAUCUGGCCGCAAUUUGAAUCUACUGGCUAUACUCGCCGGCGAUCACCGGUUCCGACGAUGUUAGUUCCUGCGAUGAUCGGAGUGAUCUCAGCGGCUAUGUUUCUUCUCUUUACGACCUUCGUCGUCCCUCCGUUUAUCUCCGUCACAUCUCAGAUUCUUCAGCCAGCUUCGGUGAAGAGAGGAUGGGACUCCAUCAACGUGGUUGUAGUACUUUUCGCGACCAUCUGCGGCGUACUCGCCAGACGAAACGACGACGUAUCGCCUUCUUCGUAUUCACACAGCGAAGAAGAAGAACAAGGAGGAGCUGUGAUAGGUGAUGACGUGUACGACGCUGAUAGGCUCAAGAUCUACGAGAGCUUGAGUAGGUUACCGGUUACCGGAGGUUUACCGUUGAGGCGUAGUAGCAGCUCGUAUCCUGAUCUGAGGAAUGGAGUUUUCAGGGAAACCGCUGAUCGCCGGUUCCGGUUCUACGACGAUCUUGGAAUCGACAAGUACCGAUGGGAAUCAACGGUGGUGAUUGACGAACAGUUUCGGAGUGUUUCUAAAACUGAAAUCGAAGAAUCUGAGCCUAAGGAAGUAACGGUUGAUAAGUUCGUUGUAAGACCGUCUUCUCCUCCGCCACUUCGAAGGACUCAUCGUUCUGUUAGAAACAGAGAUAUGAAAGAAAGGUCGAAACGCAGUGACAUUAAUUCUGAUUCCACCAGAUUUAAACGAACGCUUCGACCACCGCCGCCACCACCUCCGCCGCCACCGCCUCCUCCGCCGCUGAGGAAGCAGGGGACUCUUCAGAGAAGAAAGAGCAAUGCGGCGAAAGAGAUUAAAAUGGUGUUCGCUUCUUUGUAUAAUCAAGGAAAGAGGAAGAAACUUCAGAAACUAAAGAGAAGAGAAAAAAGAGAAUCGCCGGCGGCGGUGGAGAUGGAACCACCGCAAUACAGAUCGACAUUUCAACCACCGUCUCUGCCGCCACCUCCACCGCCUCCUCCGCCUCCGCGUUCGUCGCAGUCAGUGUUCUACGGAUUGUUUAAAAAGGGAGUUAAGAGCAAAAAGAUCCACUCCAUUCCGGCGCCGCCUCCACCUCCUCCGCCGAGGAAGAUUCAGUUGGAUCCUCAGACACCAUCACGGAGAGUUAACUACGGUAGACCUCCGCGUCAACCAAAGCAGGCAAAUUUAAACGAAGAGAGCUACCAAGAACCGCCGUUAACUCAAACCACACCACCUCCGCCUCCACCGCCUCCGUUUAGGGUUCCGCCGCUGAAGUUCGUGGUGAGUGGUGAUUUUGCGAAGAUACGGAGCAAUCAGAGCUCUAGAUGCAACUCCCCUGACCGAGAAGUGAUCGACCUAGGUUGGGGUCUAGAACUCACACAAUCUGAUGGCGGGGAGGACAACAACGUCGCCGUGAAUGGUGGCGGCGGCGGGACGGGGUUCUUCUGUCCAAGCCCGGACGUUAACACGAAAGCGGACAACUUCAUCGCCAGGCUCAGAGACGAGUGGAGGCUCGAUAAGGUCAACUCCGUCAAGAGGAGAAGAAGCAUGAGUUCUGUCUAGGGUUCCAUAUAAGGCAUACUUUGCAAAUUAAAGGUUUCGUGGCAUGCAAGUAACGCAUAAAGCACGGUCGUACAACAUCUUCAAGCAAGCAAGUGGGUAAACACUUGUUGUCGGAGAUGGUUUAUAUGUAUUGGAGAAUUCGUUGUGACUCUAAUCACUCGAAUUUGAAGUUACCGGUAAUAUUGGUAUUACCGGUAAAGUAAAUCGGCUAGAACCGGCUGAUAUUUUUUAAGUUAAACCGGUUGUGUGACUUUUGUUUGGUUUGAGUUCCCCGAUAUAAAGUUGAUUAUAAAUUGGUGGUGUUCGACAUGUUUGUAGUUGGUAUUGAUGAAUGUAUGGCCCGUGAGAUGGAAGUACAGUUGUGGGCUCUUAUUUUUCUUUUUUUUGCAAAGAUUGUUUUGACAAACAGAUACAUGCAUUUUGGUUUUUAGAUAUCUUUUAUUUGUGUAAUGAGCAAAAGUCUUGAUUGGUCAAGAAUUAGAAAAAGCUUUCUUUCACUGAUCUUUAGUAAAAGGAUGAACAAGAUAUACAGGGAAGUUGGCGACAGAUCACAGGAACCUCUUUGGCAUUGACGCAUUGUCCACAGUCGUCGUCGUUGUUUGCCUUCUGGAUGGGGCCUCCGUUAACCGUUUUCCACAACAUCUAUAUCUUAAGCUUCGAUAAUUUUUAUGCACAAUGCAUAUAUGUUAGGACUUAGGAGUUAGGAAGGACCCCAAGUGCUCUAAGAGCAUCUUUAACGCGGGUCUUUGACCCCGUAUCUAAUGUUAUUAGAAUUAAAAAAAAAUGGAAAUUAGCUUUAAUGGGAAGGGACGUAUCUUAUUUAGGUAUUACAAGAGACCGUCUUUUGAGACAUGUGUAGCUCAUUCGUGUCUCUCUAUGUCUCUCUCCCUUCCUCGACAUCUCCGUUCUUUCUUCAUCCUCGAUUCAGCAAUGGUAGAACAGAUGAAAUCUUCCUCUUUCCGACUCCCCCGACACCCUCUUUGUCCUUCUCCACUGCCUCUUCGAUUCCUCCGCCGAUCCUAAACCCCUGUGAAACGAGAAUCAACGCGUCUCCUCUCCUUCAACAUCAACGGGUCUUCGAUGGUGGGGCUCUUUGUUAAGCCUUUGUUCGAAGCUAUGGUGGAGCAGAACAAAAGCUUGCAGUCUGGUGCUGCUAUUAGUAUGGGGAAGAUGGUUAAUUCAGCAACGGGGCCUCCCGUUGUGGCUUUUCAGAAGUUGUGCCCUAGAAUCUGUAAGCUUUUGAAUAGCCCUAAUUAUAUUACUAAGGCUUCUCUCUUACCUGUGGUUGGAAGCUUGUCUCAGGUUUGUGCAGUGCGGCUUAUAGUUUUAAUUUGUGUAGCAUUAGACAGUAGACAAGCUAUGUUAUGGUCUUAAUUGCUAGAGGAAUGAGGUGAAAGUAGAUUGGUGUUCAAUGUCUGCUUUUUUUAUUUGUCUUGAUGUUAGUUGUAUGUUUAAUCCAUAGAACAAGCUGCAGAAUCUGGCUGGGCAGCGUUCUGAUGUGCUUGAGAAUCUGUCUCCUAUAGUGAGAGCUCGUGUUGAUGCCUUGAAGGAUAUACAGAGCCAACACAUGAACUUGUCUUUUCUGGCUUCUUUCUCGCAUGGUCCUUCAGAUGCGUGGAACCAUCUGCCCUACUCAGAACUGGGAUGUCAUUAAAGUCAUGGAGCAUAUGGGAUCAUGGACAACAAGCUCAGUGCACCAGAGGUUUGAUCAAUGAUUCUUGAUUGGGAAGUAAGUUAAUUUGGUUGUUUCUUAAAUGUGAAUUCUGAUACGUGAAGCUGCUUGUAUGGGUUCGUUUCUUAGUUCCAUGAGUGUCUCCUAUGUCGAUUUUUUGUUCGUUACGGUAGAACGCUGAUCACUUUUUCUUUAGGUACUUUGGUUUGUAGAGUCUUGAAUCAUGUGCUCUUUGGUCAAUGUGAACUCCACGAUACGCGAAGCUGCUUGUAUGGUUUCUUUUCUAGUCUGGUUGUGAAAGAGUGGAGCAUUGGGAGCAUCCUUGCAACGGACAUGAAGCCUUUUUUUCUAGUCUGGUUGUGUUUGUUCUUAUGUGUCACUUGUUUUGUUGUGUCAAUUUUUUUUUAAGAACCCUUUGUUAAAACUCUUGCAAUGGACCACUUAAAUGUUUGGAUU